AUGGGGGCUGGCGCAAGUGCUCCCACCGCACCAUCAGAACCACCUGCCGCUACCUGUCCGGUAGACCAUAAGACUCGAGAGGUCUGGCUCCAACAACAUGGAAAUUCACCUCAUCCUGCAACACCCGGAUCAAGUCCAGAGACACCAGCCAAGCUGCAACGACCCCUAUCAACAGACCGAGAAGUCAGCAGUAUACCUCGUGCGGGAGAAGUAGCUGUAGGAGAAGCCUGCCCCGAAGCCAAUAAAAAGAACCCGUCAGCAUACGCCUCUUCCGGAUCUGCCGCAUCUCACGGUUGCCCAUCUAAUGCCGAGUCUGAGACUGGUCGUGAUGAGGCCACUGGAAACUGGAUUUAUCCCUCUGAGAAACAAUUUUUUGAAGCGUUGAUGCGCAAAGGCAACACACCCGAUUCUACUUCUUCUGCGUCAGAACUUGCGACCUCAGUCGCCUCGAUCAUCCCUAUUCACAACGCUGUCAAUGAGCGUGCCUGGCAACAAAUUUUGGACUGGGAGCGAAAAGGCCCAUCGACAGAUCCCGGAAGCAAGAAGUGUGGCGGACCGAAGUUAUAUUCCUUCCGUGGGCUUGGAGUUGACCCUCAAUUCCUGAGUCCUCGUGCACGCAUAAACGGAUGGCUGGGCUACCAACGACCGUUUGACCGACAUGACUGGGUUGUUGAGCGAUGUGAUGGAGAGCAGAUCGAGUACGUUAUUGACUUCUACCAAGGAAAGCCAUCAGGUCCAAGCCAGCCGGGUUUGACAGGAAACGCGGGACCUGAUAAGCUCAGCUUCUUCUUGGAUGUCCGACCCAAACUGAACACUUACGAAGGCUGGCGGAUGAGAUUCAACCGCUUCACUGGUCUGUGA